AUGUCCUCCCGACCCCCAGAGACCUCCCCGCCCUCCCCCCAUCCGCCGGCCAUCAACUACGUCGUCGGCUUCCUGAUGGUGGGGCUGGCCUGGGGCCUGACGACGCCCUUCAUCCGGCGGGCGGCGCGCGAGCACCGGCCCCCCGCGCACCCGGUCCUCGAGUCCGAGGCCGUGCGCUCCAGCCGCCUGAGGUCGCGGGCCUACGGCGCCUUCUUCGCCGUCGUCGACCUGCUGCGGAACCCGCGCUACGCCGUGCCGCUGCUGCUGAACCUGACGGGGAGCGUCUGGUUCUUCCUGCUGAUCGGGAAGGCUGAACUGAGCCUGACGGUCCCCAUCGUUAACACGCUUGCGUUCCUCUUCACCGUGGUCGGGGAAUGGUGGGUGGAGAAGAAAGUGAUCAGUCGAGAGAUAUUGGUGGGCAUGAUACUGUCUAUCUGCGGCAUUGCCUUGUGUGUACAUAGCAAGAGUGGUUGA